UCCACGCUGCUGCGACUGUGCCAGGACCCAGCGCCCAACCUUGUGUGCGCGGGCCCAGUGCGCCUGCGCCGGGUCACGGGCCGCCGGGGGAGUCGUUGCUGGUCACGUGGGAGGCGCGCUGCGAUUGGCUGCGGCGACGGCGUACAGAGAUGCCUGUGUGUUGGCUCGUGGCAGAAGAGAAACGCACUCAGCGAGUAAAACUGCCACACUUGGAAGCUGUGGUAAUUGGGCGUGGCCCUGAGACUGGGAUAACGGAUAAGAAGUGUUCACGUCAGCAAGUUCAGUUAAAAGCAGACUGUAACAAGGGGUAUGUCACAGUUAAACAGAUAGGGGUCAACCCAACUAGUAUUGAUCUUGUGAAUAUUGGUAAGGAUGCAGUGGUGAAAAUGAAGCCAGGCCAAGUUCUGCAUAUUGUGAAUAACCUUUACCCCUACACGGUGCAAUUUACCGAAGAAUCUGGGAAAACUGUUCCAAAAGCAGACAAAAUGCCACAUGAGGACCUCUGUGAGAAUGAUGAUAGAGAGCUUGUUCCCAGAAAAACAAUGAAGUUGGAGGGGGUGGAUACACAAGGCAAUUCUACAAAUCCCAAGCUAAGCAGUCCCAGUGUAUCUACACAUGAAGGAACUUCGAGCAAAAAGGAACAUUUAGGACACUGGAGUCAGGGUCUAAAGAGCUCCAUGCAAGAUCCAAAAAUGCAGGUUUACAAAGAUGAGAAGACUGUAGUCAUCAAGGAUAAAUAUCCCAAAGCACGUUACCACUGGCUUAUCUUACCGUGGGACCCCAUUUCAAGCCUGAAGUCAGUCACCAGGGACCACCUUGAACUCUUGGAACAUAUGCAUGCCAUUGGGCAAAAAAUGAUCGAACAGUGCCCUGCCAGAGAGAGCUUGGAGUUCAGACUGGGUUACCAUGCUAUCCCCAGUAUGAGUCAGUUACAUUUGCAUGUAAUCAGCCAGGAUUUUGAUUCUCCGGCCCUGAAAACCAAAAAGCACUGGAAUUCUUUUACUACAGACUACUUCUUAAACUCUCAAGAUGUGAUAGAGAUGGUAAGAAGCAUGGGAAAAGUGAUGGUGAAAGACGAUACCUCUGAACUUCUCAAACUUCCCCUCAGGUGCCAUUGCUGUAAACAGCAGCAGUCCACAAUCCCACAGUUAAAGGAACAUCUUAGGAAACAUUGGCCAAAAUGAUUUUGCAAAAAAUUAUCUUUCAAUCUGUCUUCAGAUUUCAAGCCAACACAAAUACCACAAAAUGUUAAUGGUAAUGUAUGUUUAUUAACUGGAAUGACAAACGUAAUGUGGGGGAAAGUAGCCUGGAAACAACGACAUACUAAUUUAGUAAUAGCUUCAACAAAAAUCCAAGCCCUCUUCUUCCUCCUUACUAAAAAUAUAAAUGAAGUGACUUCUGAAAUGGGA